CUUCUCUCUUCUCUCUCUACGCUUCUCACCCACCGGAAGCGUAAGCUCUACUUUUUUCUAGGGCAGAGAGAGAGAGAGACACACCACCACGCCACACCUGAACCACUCAGAUCUAUUUACCGCCUUUUCUACCCAAAAAGUCGCCGUCAGGAUAGCGUUUACUUGCAAUGGCUGCCACUGCAACUGCCUCUGCUGGUCCUCGUUACGCUCCAGAGGACCCAACUCUCCCGAAACCAUGGAAGGGAUUGGUUGAUGGUAAAACUGGGUAUCUUUACUUUUGGAACCCGGAGACAAAUGUGACCCAAUAUGAUAGGCCUGCAAGCUCAGCUCCUCCACCAAAGGCUUCUCCUGCACAGUAUAUAAGUUCUUCAGUUCAAGUUCAACCAUCAUCACAAGGACAACGUCGGGAUGAGGGAGAUGAUCGAUAUGGCAGGGGCAGCAAUGUGGGAUCAAAAUUUGAGCCAGGGCCCAGGAAUGUGCAGACUGCAAGAAGUGCUCCGGUUUCUUCCAACAAUGGUCCAAGUGGGUCAUUUAGUGCACAUGGAGGAUCUCUUACUAGGGAAAACGGACCAUCAGACACUGGAAGUGGUUUGUCUGCUGAGGCUUAUUGUCGCCGGCAUGAAAUAUCUGUCAUUGGUAAUAAUGUGCCCCCACCACUCAUUACCUUUGAAGCUACUGGCUUCCCAUCUGAGAUUCUUAGAGAGGUACAAAGUGCUGGGUUCUCUGCCCCAACUCCAAUUCAAGCUCAGUCAUGGCCGGUUGCUCUUCAAAGUAGGGACAUUGUGGCCAUUGCCAAAACAGGGUCAGGGAAGACCUUGGGGUACUUGCUUCCUGGAUUCAUGCAUCUCAAGCGCACCCAUAAUGACCCUCGGAUGGGUCCGACUGUGUUGGUGCUGUCACCAACAAGGGAGCUGGCAACUCAGAUUCAAGAUGAAGCAAUGAAGUUUGGGAAGUCUUCAAGAAUCGCUGUCGUGUGUUUGUAUGGAGGAGCGCCAAAGGGACCACAGUUGAGAGAAGUUGACAGAGGGACAGAUGUUGUGGUUGCCACUCCUGGUCGCCUAAAUGACAUUCUAGAAAUGAAAAGAAUCAGUCUCCAUCAAGUUUCUUACCUAGUGUUGGAUGAGGCUGAUCGUAUGCUAGACAUGGGUUUUGAACCUCAAAUUAGGAAGAUUGUGAAUGAGAUACCUUCUUGCCGCCAGACCUUAAUGUAUACCGCAACAUGGCCCAAGGAGGUUAGGAAGAUUGCAUCAGACCUGCUGGUCAACCCCGUUCAGGUGAACAUUGGCAAUGUUGAUGAACUCGUCGCGAAUAAGUCAAUCACACAGCAUGUUGAAGUACUGGCGUCCAUGGAGAAGCACAGACGAUUGGAACAGAUAUUGCGAUCUCAAGAGCCGGGGUCCAAGAUAAUUAUAUUUUGCUCAACCAAAAAGAUGUGUGAUCAACUUUCUCGCAACCUGACCCGUCAGUUUGGAGCUGCUGCAAUUCAUGGUGACAAAUCUCAGACUGAGAGAGAUCAUGUCCUGAGUCAAUUUCGCACUGGAAGGACACCAAUUCUUGUAGCAACUGAUGUUGCAGCUCGAGGAUUGGAUGUUAAGGACAUAAGGGUGGUUAUCAAUUAUGACUUUCCUACUGGAGUGGAGGAUUAUGUUCACAGGAUUGGAAGAACUGGAAGGGCAGGUGCCACUGGGUUGGCUUAUACAUUCUUUGGUGAUCAGGAUGCAAAAUAUGCUGCGGAACUCAUCAAGGUUUUGGAAGGAGCCAACCAGCGUGUUCCCCAAGAAGUUCGUGAUUUGGCUUCACGUGGUGGUGGGAUGAACAGGUUCAGACGUUGGGGCUCUGGGUCUGGUGGUCGUGAUGGUGGACGAAGUGAUUCAAGCUACGGUGGAAGGGGCGGUGGGUUUGGGUCUUCUUUCUCUUCGGGCAGAUAUGACCGUGCUCCAAAUAACAGUUAUGAUGACAAGGGGUCUGCUUGGAGCAACAAAGGUUUUACUCGGGAGCGCAGUCGUAGUCCUGAAAGGUUUAACAAGGCUCCGCCAACAGCUGUUGGGUCUGGAGGUUGGAGUUUUCACAAAGCGAUGAUGGAACAACGUGGACGGUCAUCACCGGAGAAAGGCAUGAUGCCACAAAACUGAGGAUUUGGAUUGUUGUUUCAUGUCCCUGUAGUGCCUUCAUUUUUGUUUCGACAGUGUUGUAACUGUGGAAGUAGGGCAAGCUUUACAAGAGCAACCAGGAUGUGGCAGUUACUAUCUUUGAUUAUUGAGGUGGGCUGAAAAGCUUGAUUAAACUCCUUUUAAGUUAUCCUAACUUGCUGGAACUCUUCUUCCUCCUUCCCUCUGUUUUUCCUCUCCUGGCCUCUAUUUUUGUGGGUAGAUAAGAAAGGGCAAAAAGCUGUAGGUACCGGUAGCUUGUGUUUAAAUGUAAUGGCCUUAUAGUUCUAUGAAAAACAGUUUUAUAGU